AUGAAGAAUAUUUUGAAGAAUAAAAGUGGCAACAAAGAAUUGAAUAUAGCUCAAAAAGAAGAAAUAGAGAAAAGGAUAAAUACAGAAGAAGAUGAGACUGGUGAAAAUAUUCAGAUUGAAGAAAGAGAAGAAUAUGAGAUUAGGGAAAUUAUGCAGAAUCAAGAAAGAGAAGACGAAAGUGGAGAAAAUAUGCAGACUGACUUUUUUUGUAACAUAAAUGACACAAUUAUAGUUAGAUAUUAUCUAAGAAAAACAUGGAAACAUUAUAUAGGAGUUGUUGAGAGUAUAGAAUUCAAGGACGGAUUAAAUUACUAUCAAGUAAAAUAG